UCCUCCUCCGAUUUCCCACCUUAUCUUCCUCUCUAAUCUCUCCUCUGAUCCUCUCCAUGCGUCACUAAAACACAACAACUUGAGUGGUGGGUGGACUGGUGCUUAGUCUGUUACUACCUCCAUUAAUGGCGCUCUCAUACCAAUUCCACCAUAUUCACUCUCUAUCUUCAUAUACAACUACUUCUAAUUCUCGCUUAUCUCUCCACUUACAUUCUCCUUCAUUAACAAAAUUACCAAACACAUUUUCUCUUCCACACAGAAGUAGAAUUCAGUGCUCCACCAAAGAUGCCCCAUCAACCUCAACUGGUAACCCUAAAUCUGGUGUUGCUGUUUAUAAGCCCAAAUCUUAUGAAGUUCUCGUCACUGAUGCUGCUAAUUGUCUUUCACUCGCUCUUCAGGAUGGCAAACUUCGCGUAGAAAUUGAUUUCCCGCCUCUACCCAGCGAUAUAUCUUCUUACAAGGGAUCUUCGGAUGACUUCAUUGAUGCAAAUAUUCAGCUAGCGUUGACUGUUGCGAGGAAACUUCAACAGAAAAUGCCACUCAAAGCACGAAUAGUGUUUCCUGACAAGCCUGAUAAGCGCAGGGCUACUGAGCUUUUCAAGACUGCUUUUGAUUCGAUUGACGGCAUCUCUAUAGGCUCCCUGGAUGAUGUGCCUAGUGGUGCUGUUACUACUUUCUUCAAAUCAAUAAGGGAGACACUGGAUUUUGAUUUUGAAGAUGAGAACGAAGGUCGCUGGGAAUCUGAUGAUCCACCUUCACUUUACAUAUUUCUCAACUGUAGCACAAGAGAUCUCUCUAUGAUAGAGAAGUAUGUGGAGAAAUUUGCUACUUCCACUCCCACUCUCCUAUUCAAUCUCGAGCUCGAAACACUCCGUGCUGACCUGGGUCUUCUAGGCUUCCCACCUAAGGACCUCCAUUACCGAUUUCUUUCUCAGUUCAUUCCUGUAUUCUAUAUCCGAACAAGAGAAUAUUCCAAGACAGUGCCAGUGCCGCCUUAUAUCGUGAAUUAUAGUGGAGCUCUAUUUCGCCAAUAUCCGGGGCCUUGGCAGGUGAUGCUUAGGCAAGCUGAUGGUUCUUAUGCUUGCGUGGCAGAGAGUGCGACCCGUUUCACUCUUGGUGAAACCAAAGAAGAACUACUGAGGGUUCUUGGGCUUCAAGAGGAACGAGGAAGCUCGUUGGAAUUUCUUCGUAGAGGGUAUAAGACUGCUACUUGGUGGGAAGAGGAUACAGAUUUGGAGGCUUCUUCUGACUGGAGAACUUGAUCUCUAUCAACAGUGUUAUGCAGCUGUCGUGGAUGAGCACCAAAUGGUCUCAUUUCAUCAAUUUCAUGCUUCGGGUCGAAUUAUCAUAUUUGAUUUCCGGACACACGUUACGAAAUGUAGAAAUCUCUCUCUUUUCUUCCUUAUCUUCCCUUCAAGUGUAAUUAAAUCUGCUUAUAAAUGUUUUAUUCCGACUUUCUUUUAGUCAACACAUUAUAUACUUAUAUAGAUAGAUAGAUAGAUUUAUGCGAGA